CCCCCUCCCAGGUUUCUGCCUGCUGCAAUGUAUUUGUGUAGGGUAUCCCUUUACCACACCAUCGUCGUCGUCGUCGUCGUCGUCGUCGUAAUCUUUGAUAAGAGUAAUAAAUCUUGAUACGAUGCCAGUUUUGGACAGACUUGUUUAUUAGGAAGAAGAUGGCCACCCCCGAUCCCGCCGGGCGCCUGCAGAUCCUCCUCACGCCGGGGCUCCAGCCGCCGCCGGGCGUCGUCCCCAACUACUUCGACCCGCCGUCGAUGGUCCCGAUGGCGAGCGCCGUCAUCGGCGUCACGCUCGGCCUGAUGUACUGCUUCCUGGCCCUGCGCAUCUACACCCGCGUCUGGGUCACGCACAAUUUCCACACCGACGAUGUCCUCUGCAUCUUAGCGGCAGCCAACGGCAGUUGGUACUGCGCCGUCGUAGUCACCGCUCUCAACUGCCCGCUGGGCCGCCACCAGUGGGACGUGCCGCUCUACACGCUCAACGAAGGAUUGGCUCGGCAAACGGUCCUGAUCAUCUGGCUCUACGUGGCCGCCACGGUGUUCCUCAAAUCGGCGCUCCUCGUCUUCUACUACCGGAUUUUCGGGAUAGCCACCGGGGCCAGAAUCCUGAUAUGGUCGUCGCUCGCACUCAUCGUCGUCAGCUACACCACCUUUCUCGUCGUAGACACGGCCAUGUGCCCCCCGAGCGUCGACACUCCGGGCUCGCUGGCGGCCGGCGACGUCUUCGGGCCCGGGAGCAGGUGUCUGGUGUCGCAGAAGCUGCUCUGGGCCGUCAAGGCCGUCUUCGGCGUCGUCGCCGACUUCUACCUCCUCGGCAUCCCCGUCGUCUUCAUCGCCAACCUCAGGCUCUCGCCCAAAUCCAAGAUGCGCGUCGGCUCCAUCUUCAUCACGGGACUGCUGGCCGGCGCGUUUUCCAUUACCGCUGCUGUGUACCGCUUCCAACUGCUGAACUCUCCUGAUUUCACGUGGUUCGCUACCCUGGCCUAUACCUUCACAGCGGCCGAGCUGAACAUUGGAAUUGCCUGCAGCUGCAUGCCGGUCGUGUUCACCGUCUUCCGCAGCGCGGCCCGCGCCGCGUCGCCGGACUCGUUAAAGAGUUGGGUCAAGGCGCGCCGGGCCCCCCGUCCGAGAGGUGUUCCGGCCUCUCUCGCAAGCCCCUGCUGGGAGGACACCGUGGCGAGGAAAGAUUUGCUCCCGCGGGCGCCGAGACCGGCCGUGGUGGCGCCGAGAGCCUUGUCCCCCCUGACGGCUUGCUCUCGGGCAUAUCGCAUGUCGCGAGACAGCGGCCUGAGCCUGGACGACGAGGACGGCUGCCGAUACAGCUACACUGCCAAUUACACGCGACAGGACUCGGGACCGGAGUACGACGACAAGAUACACUGGAUAGUGUGAACUAUGGCGUUUCCCUCCCCCUUUCUUUUUGGCGAGGCCUGCAGGGCCCUCUAGAUCUCUAUCCCGCCAAAGCGGACAUCUGUAUUGAUAUAUAUAUAUAUGUGUAUAUAUACUCUGCGCAGGAUGGUUUAUACUAAAGGCUCGCGACCCCUGUUUCACGACACAGGUCCUCUCUCAGUUCGAAACUACCUAGAGGGUGGGGAAAAUUUCAUAGGCAAAAGAUAGAGAAAAAUAUACACAUGAAUAAGAGGGACAACUAGGGAGACGUAUGUGGCCUGGGCAUUGCAUUGCU